CAGCGGCCAGCCCCACGUGAACGCCAUGGGCUUGUUACCGUCGUUAAAACCAAGGGUUAGGAUUUCUCCUAAUCACAGCUCACAAGAAACCAAACAACAGCAGUAGAAAAUCGCCCUUUGCUUGCUUGCUUGACUCCAGCAGUAGCUUGUGAUAGAACCGAAAACCGUCCAGGAGAAAGGGGGGGCUAAUUAAAGCCGGCGAUAGAUAAAAAGGGCCCCCGGAUCAAUCGAAACAGCAGCGUGCUCAGGUAGUAAUCGAACAAAUUUCCGUCUCCAUCCAUUUCUCUGUCGUGUGUUGGCUUGUGUGGCGGCGGAGACGGAGGCGGCGACCAUGGCUGGAGGCGGGCACGUUGACAAGGACGCGGCGGCGCUGGCCGCCCAGGACCUACCCGGCCUCAACGUCUUCUUUGACCAGACGGGAUUGGAGACGGCGGCGGGCGGAGAAGGGGCGGGGGACGAGGAAGAGGAGCUGGAGUGGCUGUCGAACAAGGACGCGUUCCCUUCGGUGGAGACCAUGGCGGUGGAGGCGCCGCCGGAGCUGGAGGCGCUGGCGGCGACGCGGCCUGCGGUGGUGGGGCCGAGGACCAAGGGGGUGCGGCGGCGGAGGCGGGUGACUGCGCCGUGGAACGUGCUGACGCCGGCCGUGCUGCCGCCGCCCGCGCGGGCGGCGGGGCCCCGGCGGAAGUGCACGCACUGCGCGUCGGAGGAGACGCCGCAGUGGCGGCUGGGCCCCGACGGGCCGCGCACGCUGUGCAACGCGUGCGGGGUGCGGUUCAAGACGGGGCGCCUGGUCCCGGAGUACCGGCCCGCCAAGAGCCCAACCUUCUCCCCGCUGCUGCACUCCAACUCCCACCGCCGCGUCCUCGAGAUGCGCCGCCGCAACCAGGACGACGACGGCGAGACCCCCCGCGCCACCGCCGCCGCCCGCCGCGCCGAGCGCGCCGCCUCCCGCCUCUCCGCCAAGGCCGCCGCCGACGCCCCGGCCCAGACUGCCUAGCUCUUCGGCGGCCACCAUGAUGCCUGCCUGCCUGCGAUGGAGCUGGUUAACUUUUUGGACAUUCCUAUCAUUAGCUCCUAUCCGUUUUUCGUGUCGAAUUUCUGUUUCUGUUCUGAACCUUAGGAUCUAGGGGUUUAGGACAGAGUGCUUUCUGCCGGCUCAGUUACUUGUCUCUAGAACAACUAGUUUAUCAUCGGAUCAUCGGUCAUCUUUAGUUCUUCGGUUAGUUCGUUCAGGCAAAAAGAGUGAGGAAACAUAGAAGAGCGCCGCCAUUGCCGCUCUACUGUUCUGCAACUCCGCUGCCGCUGCUGCUGCUGUCAUAAGACUGCUCGUGGUGACUGUGUCAUGACUUGUUGUCAAAUGGGAUAAGCGCUUGUUUGUAAUAUCACCCACCGACUUUUGUUUGUUGCCCAGCAGAGUUUGCAUCUGAUUUUGACA